AUGUCCGCAUUCGUCGAACUACUUCGUAAAUGCAAUCUCGACUACAGUGUUUCUCGAAAACCGUUUAAAAUCGGAUCGCGUAGCGAUGACAUCAUACUCGCCUCAUUCAUCGACAUGACCACCAAGAAACUACAAUUAAUCGCGUGUCUUGAUAAGCCGGAUUCAGUAACCAUAUGGUCAACAUCGUUGGAUGAACGUGCAUUUCAAUUAAACGCACGUCUUCUGGAUAUCGCUGAAUUAGGUGAAACGAUGACAUUUCUCUCGGAUCGUAUCAAUGAAUCGGAUUAUACACUGGCAAAAGCGGCGUCAGCGAAUAGCAAUGGUCAAUACGAAGUUUCUCAAGUAAAUGUCACGUUUACGCAUCCGAAAAACAAACAGUCGAUUACUCUCCAACUAUACGAACAUGUUGAUGAAAGUGAGAAGGCAUCGUUUUUAAGCAAGGUUCUUCUCCAUGUUUGUAAACGUAAUGAACAAUUGGCAGCGGAAGUGAAAACGCAACAAGCACGUAUUAAAGAAUUGUCAACGAAAACACAACGUGCACAAGCGAGAUCAAAUGGCAGUGGUAAUCGUAGUUUUAAUGGAAACAGCUCGUUCGAUUCGAAUGAUUCAAAAGGAAACAAAAGUCAAGUUCCUGAACGUCUACAAAUGAGUUUGAUUAAUCCGACACUUAAACGACGCAAAGCAGCUACUGGUGUUAAUUAUGACGAUGAUAAUAGUGAUUAG